GCGUUAUCAAACAACCACCAAUACAUUGCUGGCAGUCACAACGAUCACACAUUAAAUUAAUAUUUUACUUUAACAAUUUGUGUCAGUGUUUUAAAAAGCGGCGUCGCGUCACAGGAUCCAUAUUUAAGAUGAAGGUCUUACUAUUGUGCAUAGCCUUCGCGGCUGUGAGUUUGGCGAUGCCAGUGGCGGAGGAAAAGGACGUAGUUCCCGCUCAACCAAUUCUAGAAGUCGCGCCCAAAAUUGAUGACUCGGUUAAACCUACCGAAGUAGCUGCUGCCACUGAAGAGAAGAAAGCCGAACCUGCUCCAGUUAGUAACGACGAGGUACCCGCUAUACCAGAGGCCAAAAAGGACGAUAUAGCCCCAGAAGACUCCGAUAUCGCGAAACCGGAAACCGUUCCUGAAGUGAAAACCGAAGAAAAAGUCCCGGAAGCAAAAUCAUCCGAGAUUCCCGAUGCUGAAGCAAAAUCUGCUGAUAUUAAAGUGGAAGAACCAGCUGCUCAGCCUGAAGAUUCAAAAACUGAAGUACAAGCUACCGUCGCUGAAAUUUCAAAAGAAGAAAAACCUAGUGCUACUGAUGCAGAAGGUUCUGCCGACUCAGCUGCCAUCAUUCCCAACAUGGUGAAGAAGAUCGACUUGGCUCCUACUGUAGAAAGCGAUGCUGCUGCAAUUCCUGAAAUUAAGACUCCUGAAGCAGCCGAUGCUCCUAAGUUAGCAGACAAUCCUGUAGAUGAGGACAAGCCUGCUGACAUUUCACCUGAUGCGCCGAAAGCUGAAGCUAAGUCGGCUGAUGACUCUGCGACUACAGCUAAAGAUGACAUUCCAGUAGCACCCGAAACUAGCGACGACAAAAACAAAGAAACAAAAACCAAGGACAAAGACUCGUCUAGUUCCUCAGAAAGUUCGCAAUCAUCUGACGAAUCCAAAUCUGAAGAAAACAAAUCUUAGAUAGACCGCGAAGGCGUUAAGCGGCGGACGCGUGUUGACAGUCUUCGACACGCGUCCACUGCUUGCAGCGAACACAUUAACUCGUGCUCCGCUGCCAACGCGAGAGAUUAACUGUAGCGUAUAUGUGUGAAACUACCCCAUGUGAGUGAGAGUGGCGUUCUCUACACCGAGGUGGAUAACUGUCUAUUUCCUAGACCUAGAGACUUAUUUAAAUAAUGAAAUCAAAAAUUACCUACGAUGUAAUUAUUUGUCGAAGUAAAUUAUCGAAUUUCUGAUAACAUAAGUAAUAAUAAAGGUUUUUUUGUAAUAA